AUGCUGCCCAAGGAGCGCUCUCCAUCCUCCAAUCGCUCGAUUCCAUCGACCGAGAUCGAGUCGGUGCAUGGCUCUCCGAACGGCAACUGCCCAACGGAGGACUCAACGGUCGACCGCAGAAGCUCGAAGAUGUAUGCUACAGCUGGUGAGUUUUUUGGGCUCCCCCCGCUGCUGUUUCGUCGAAAAGUCGUGCUGAUUCUAGCAAAAUGUGAGAGGGCAAAACAGGAUCCGGAGGAUGGCGGGAUAGCAGAUCGUCCGGAGAACGUGACGGAUGUCUUCCAUACUGUCUUUGGCUGCGCUGGUCUGUCGUUGCUAGGCUUUGCGGGAUUGCAAGAGGUCGAUCCGACGUACUGUAUGCCGUUGCGGACGACGAAAGCGUUGGGCAUCGAUCGUGCGUACCAGCGGCCGCCGGCGAUCGAGUGGGAUUGA